GGAGGCCAUGGAACGCCACUUCCACAGUGAACAGAGCCGCUCCCAGCUCGCUGGUCCUGCGGCUGGCCUGGCCGGCUAUCCCAAGUUUGACGAGUCCUCCCACUCCCUUCUCAAGAAGCAUCUGACCAAGGACGCCUACCUCCAGUGCGAGACCCGCGUGACGCCCUCUGGCUUUACUCUGCAGCACGCCAUUCAGAGCGGCGUGGACAACCAGGACUCUGGUGUUGGUCUGUAUGCUGGUGACGAGGAGUCGUACACUGUCUUUGCACCCGUGUUCGACGCCGUCAUCGAGGAUUACCACAACGGCUACAAGCCUACUGACCGUCAUGUCUCCGACAUGGAUGCCAGCAAGCUUCGCGGUGUGCCUGAUCCGGAGGGUGACUACGUCAUCUCCACUCGCAUUCGCGUGGGUCGCAACAUCAAGGGUCUGGGUCUGUCUCCCGGAAUCUCGCGCGCCAACCGUCGCAAGGUCGAGGAACUUGUGGUCGAGGCGCUGAACCAGCUCGAGGGCGACCUGGCCGGUACCUACUACUCGCUGGGUUCCAUGUCCGAGGCCGACCGCAAGCAGCUUGUGGCCGAUCACUUUCUCUUCAAGAAGGGCGAUCGCUUCCUGCAGUCUGCUGGUGCCAACCGUGACUGGCCUGAGAGCCGUGGUAUCUUCCACAACAACGAGAAGACCUUCUUGGUCUGGGUGAACGAGGAGGAUCAGAUGCGCAUCAUCUCCAUGCAGAAGGGCUCGGAUGCCAAGGAGAUCUUUGAGCGCCUGUCGCGCGGUAUCUCUGCGGUUGAGGAGAAGAUCAAGGCCGCGGGUUUCGAGUUUGCUCACAACGAGCACUUGGGUUUCAUUCACAGCUGCCCCACCAACUGCGGUACGGGCAUGCGCGCUUCAGUGCACGUGAAGCUGCCCAAGGUGGGUGCACACCCCGACUUUAAAAAGUGGUGCGAGAAGCUGCGCCUUCAGCCCCGUGGCAUCCACGGCGAGCACAGCGAAAGCGAUGGUGGCGUGUAUGAUCUCUCCAACAAGGAGCGUCUUGGCAAGUCUGAGGUGGAGCUGGUGCAGACCAUGAUCGAUGGCGUUCAGGUCCUGAUUGCCGCAGAGAAGGCUCUUGUUGCUGGCGAGCCCUUGCCCAAGGAGCUGACCGAGUAA